AUGAGGGCCCACAUCACCGAUUCGGUGAAAGCAGCCAUCAAGAGAACCAACUCAAUUCCUGCUGUGAUUCCCUGGAGUGCUGGUGACGAUGUGGAGGAGACGGAGGAUGAGGAGAAAAAGGAUGAAGAUGCUCUUGUACCUUCUGUUGAGGAUGGAGGUCGAGGGAGAAACGGUCUGCAGAGUCUUUCACCAAGUAACGGAAAGCGCUCCAGGUCAGACAUCCACUUGGGUCAGGAAGUCGGCUGGAAAACGGAGCAGGAAUCCGACCGUUUGCCACUUCCUGCGCCGCGUUUCCUCCCCAGCAGGAGGCCCGGUGUGCAGCCUCCACUCUCACAUGGUGACCGUUGUCCAAGUCCAGCAGAGCUUUUCAAACUGUAUUUCAACCAGGCUGCCAUCAAAACUCUCUGUGUAAACACCAACAAAAAUGCAGCAAAACGUUUAUCUGCCGGUAGAACCCGUAACUGGACCAACGUCACAGAAAGGGAAAUGUAUCAGUAUAUCGGGCUGGCGCUGUACAUGCGGCUUCUGAAACGACCAAAAGUCAGAGAUUUCUGGAGAACCGCCACAAUAUUUCAGCUUUCACAUCCGUCCAGAGUAAUGUCCAGAGAUCGGUUCCUGAGCGUCACGGCCAACGUUCACAUGAGUGACCCAGAGGAUGAUGCCGUCAACGACAGAAAGAAAGGCAGCCCCGAGUACGACUGCCUGCACAGGCUCCGCCCCCUCUACGACAGUUUGCGGGUUGCCUGCAAAGCGGUGUACCACCCCCAGCAAAACCUCUGUGUUGGUGAGCGGAUGGUAGCCACCAAAGCAAAACUUGGCCUGAAGCAACAUAUAAAAGGCAAACCAGCAACGUGGGGAAUCAAACUUUUUGUGCUGUGCGACUCCACCGGCUACACGGUCGAUUUCCAGGUUUACACCGGCGGGUCCAGUCAGGCGUCUGGAAGCGGGCUGUCCUUCGACGCCGUCAUGUCUCUGUCCAAUAAAGCCUUCCUGGGGUCUGGGUAUCACAUUUACUGUGACAGCUUUUACACCAGCCCGGCGCUGUUCAGCCGCCUUCAUGAGCUGGGCUUUGGAGCGUGUGGGACAUUCAGGAACACCAGAGUCGGUGCCCCAAAGACGAAGGUCAACGCCCUGACAAAACGGUCGCCUCGAGGCUCUAUCAGAUGGAUCAGAGAGGGACCUCUCCUUUUCAUCAAGUGGAUGGAUGCGAGGGAGGUGAGCGUGUGCUCCACCCUGCAUACGGCCUUUUCUGGAGACGCCGUCAGACGAGUGAGCAGGGCUGGAGGAAAGCACGGCGUUCUGGAGGUUCCAGUGCCGGCGGCUGUCAAAGACUACAACCGCUUCACGGGGGCAGUGGGCCGGUCGGACCAGCUGAUCGGCUCUGCCUCGUGGCAAAGGGGCAGAAAAUGGUACGUGGUGGUCCUGCAGCAUCUCAUUGAUGUGGCCGUUACAAACAGCUACCUGCUUCACAGAGAGCUGUGUGGCCAGCGGGGGCAGCAGGCGCUGACGCUGCAGGCCUUUCAGGAGCAGCUGACCGCCCAGCUGUGUGGAGAAGGCUCACCAUCAGCCCUGAGCAGCAGCAACCUGCACCUGCCUGUUGCAAUCGUUGAGGGGGCAUCUGGUCAAAACAAGGCGACCAAGGGGCGCAGGAGGUGCAGACUUUGUUCAAAAUCUACUCCCUUCAUGUGUGCGGCGUGCAGCCUGCCUCUGUGUGUCAUCGUGGACAGGAACUGCCACAAGGACUUCCACAGCUGCAGCAAAUAUCGUCUCUGAUUCAAGAAAAACAUUUAUUUAUUUUCGCAUUUGUUACAUUUUGUCACGUUUCUGUAACUGAAAAGUUUUGCCAACUCAAAAUAAAUGUUUUGUGGUUCAGAAGGCCUGUGUAACUUUUUUAUAUUU